AAAACCCUCUUGUGAACAAAAAGGAAGGAAGGGCAAACCCUCCUCGCCCAUCUCCCCAAAAUCCCUAACCAUGGCGGCUGCGGGUAUACGCCGUAGGAUCUCCGAGCUCCUCCUCUCCUCCCGCGCACCCCACCGUCGCUUCCUCCCCCUCGCUGCGGCCGCUGUCUCGUCAGCUCACCUUGCUCCGUGGGCGCCGCCAUCACGAGGGGCGAAGACGGCGUUGCCGGGAAAGUCCGGGUACUCUCCGCUCAACGACCCGUCCCCGAACUGGAGCAACCGGCCACCCAAGGAGACAAUCCUACUGGAUGGUUGCGACUAUGAGCACUGGCUCAUCGUCAUGGAAUUCCCCACUGAUCCCAAGCCCUCCGAGGAAGAGAUGGUAGCCGCCUACGUUAAGACCCUCACCGCCGUCAUCGGAAGUGAGGAGGAAGCAAAGAAGAAGAUCUACUCAGUAUGCACUACUACUUACACUGGGUUUGGCGCGCUGAUUUCGGAGGAGCUAUCAUACAAAGUUAAAGGAUUGCCGGGAGUUCUUUGGGUGUUACCUGAUUCGUAUUUGGAUGUGCCUAACAAGGAUUAUGGAGGUGAUCUAUUUAUAGAUGGCAAAGUAAUUCAUAGGCCACAAUUUCAAUUCACUGAGAGGCAGCAGGUAAGGAGUAGACCUCGUCCUCGCUACGACAAGCGACGAGAGACUAUGCAAGCUGACCGGAGAGAAGUAAUGAAGAAUGGUCCUUCCAUACAAGAGCAAAGACCACCAUUUUCUGGAGAAGUUGCUCAUAAUCCUGAGCAACAACAUGCAGUGGUGCUACCAGGAGGGAACUAGCUUUAUUUCUUGUUGAAUGUACGGAACUGUCUUCCGAAUUGUAGCAGAUAAGAGACCUGGGGUUCUUGCAAUCGCCUGCUCUUUCCUUGUAAGAUACAGAAAAUUGUGCAGAUUAACCCCCCCUAAAGAAUUUUAGGUAGCCGCAUGUUGCUGGGUAGGGGACUCCGGACUCCCUAAACAUCCUUUGCGUCUGAGCAUGACUCAUUUAUUGUUCAAGAAUCUUUCUGUUU